AUGUAUUUUCGCCCAUUUCGUUUAUUUAAAUUAAUCGUUACAUUUAUUUGUGUGAAUAUUGUUAUCUAUGAACUUUAUCGUUUAUUAAUCCAUUCCAAAACUAGUUCAUCUUUAACUAAUGAAAAUGAUGAUUUAUCAUUAAUAUUAAAACCAACAAAAAAUAAUCUUGAUCAAAUAUCUUAUUCUCUUCAACCAUUUUAUAUUCGAUUACCAAAUUUUUCUGAUGAUGAAGCAAAAAAUUGGUUUUAUAGUUCAUCUUAUUAUAAAAUUCAUUCAAAAAAAUGUCCACAAGGUUUAUGUGAAGAAAAAGGUAUUUUAUUUAAUGAUACAAAAGAACAUCUAUCUGUUAAUGUUUUUCUUGUUAAAAAUGGUCUUUAUAUCAAUGAUGACUGUGGUUAUAAUUAUGGAACUAAUGCAGUUAAACGUAGAUUUGUAAGUGCUGAUGAAACAACUGUUAUUUAUGAUAAAGCAAUUAUUUAUACUGUUCCAGAUGGUUGGGCUUUUCAACAUUUUCUUGAUGGUGUUGGUCCGAAAUUAGCUCAUUCAAAAUCUUAUUUAAAAAAAUAUCCCGAUGCAAAAGUUAUUAUUUUAAAAGGUGUUCGAUUUGAUCGAUCUGUUCAAGAAAUUUGGUCUAUGUUAGGAGUAGAAAAUUCUGAACGAAUAAUUCAUUAUACUUCAAAUAUGAAAGUUGGUGCUCAUCUUUUAAUAAAUCCAUGUGUUACUCCUGGUAUUCAUCCUCGUUUAUGGCAAGAUGCACGUUCUAUGUAUUGGUCAAUAUCUGGUAUACCUAAUGAAAAAACCGAAGUAAAAAAAAGGAAUCUAAUAUAUAUUCAACGAACAUCAACAAAUGCAAUGAAUAGUGCACGUCUUAUAUUAAAUGAAGAACCAUUUAUAAAAAUUUUACGUGAUUAUUGUUUAAAAAAUUCAUUAAAUUAUGUUCAAUAUGAUCAUUCAAAAGAUACAGGUCAUAUUCGAUCACGUAUAGAACUUUUUUAUAAUGCUAAAAUAAUCAUUGGUGUUCAUAGUGGUGCAUUAUCAAAUAUGAAUUUUGCACAAUCAGGAACAAUUGUUAUUGAAAUAAUGCCAUUUAGACAAGAAUCAAGUGUAUUACCAAUGACUUGUUCAAUGUUUCGACCUGAAGAUAUUAAAGCAUGUGCUGGGUAUAUUUUAUAUACUCAAGCACAAUUACUUAAUCAAUCUUAUUGGAUAUUACCAAAUGUUGUUAAUGUUGAUGGCAAUAUUAAUCUCAAUAUAUCUCGAGUAGAAAAACUUUUUGAUAAAAUUUAA